AUGGCCGCGACUGCAGGCCACAGGACGCGCAAACCGGUGGCGGUGGACGUCGUGCUGCCCGCGUCAACGCUCGCGCGCUCGCCGUCGCUCGACGAUGGCGUCUGCCCCGCCACCGAGCGCCUGCACCGCUCGUUUGGCUGCGAACUGAUCCAGGAAGCGGGCAUUCUUUUGCGUCUCCCGCAGGUGGUGAUGGCCACAGCGCAGACGCUGCUCCACCGUUUCUACUACCGCAAAUCGCUGCGCCAGUUUGACGCUUUCCGCGUCGCAGUGAGUUGUUUGUUUCUGGCUGCGAAGGUGGAAGAAGCGCCCAAGCGCAUCCACGACGUCGUCCGCGUCUUCUACGCGACGUUCCGACGGCGCAAGUGGAAGCGCGCGACUGUGACGCAGCAGCUCAUCGACGUGGACAGCGCGACGUUCCGCCAGUGGCGCUCGUGGCUCAUCAUUGUGGAGCGCCAGGUGCUCAUCGACGUGGGCUUUAGCAUCUACGGGGUCACGGCACACCCGCACAAGUACGUGCUGUAUUACGUGAAAGUGCUGGACGGCAGCCCGGAGCUCGCGCAACAGGCUUGGGGCUUCAUCAACGACAGCCUGCGACGCGAUCUCUGUGUGCGAUACAAAGCCCAAGUCACUGCCUGUGCAGCGAUCUUCUUAGCUAGUCGGUUCCAGAAAGUGGCGUUGCCGGAGGACCACCCGCCGUGGUACUCGUUGUUUGACGUGGAGAAGACAGAGCUGUAUGCUGUGAGUGUGGCGAUCAUGGAGCUGUACAAGCAGGAGAAGAUCGAGUGGCUCGAACCGCUAACAGAGACGAAUCCGUAUGCUGUCGAUGAGUGUCCGGUGGUAAAAGACGUGCCAGGUCAAGAGCAAGAGAAGGUUGAACGCGGAGUCGACAAGGACAAGGAAACGUCAGCUGCGAAACAAGCAAGUGCAGCCGAUGGGACGAUGGGCGGACGAGUGCUCGGAGUUGCCGCAGUCGAAGCCGCCGACGCUCGAGCAGCAACUCCGACGGACGAGAGCCUGAGAUAG